AUGGAGGACCAUACGCAGCAUAACGGAUACUAUGCCAAUUUCCGAGAUGACCACUAUUCUGAGAAGCAUACGAAAGGGUUCUUUGAGCGUCUGAAUUAUAAUUGGGCAGUUUUUCCUCUAACAGCUAGCCUGUGCUUCAUUGCUUUAUACCAAAUAAGUGUUUGGACCGGGUUAUACGACAAGUUUGUUGAGCAAGGAGUGCUCUGGACUCCGGAUUGCACCAUUCUAGCUAUUAUCUACGGUCCGUUUGUGCUAGGACAGCUCCCCCCGUACUCGACGUUAUGGGGCUUAUGCCUACCGAUGCGACCUUUUGCAUAUAAACAGUCGCCGAAGAGGCGUUAUUUCCGCGAACUUAAAGUCUGCCUGGUUACAAAGGGCACGAAUAUGCAGGCAGCGCUUCCUAAUUUUGUCAACGUGGUGAGUGUACCAGCGUCAUUUCAACCAUCCCAUGCCAAAUAUAAAGGACGAGUGUUGGAAUGGUGCCGGCUGUACUGGAAAUUAUCCGAGCUUGAUUGGGUACUUCAUCUGGACGAAGAGACGGAGAUCGAUGGGUACCUAGUAAAAGCGUGCUUCGACUUCAUUGAGCGAGGAACAGAAGAUAUUGGCAUGGGCACAAUCUACUACACUUCGCAUAAUUAUUGGAAAAACGCAUUUUUGACUACUGCUGAGAUUUUCCGAGUCGCAGACGACUUUGGCCGUUUCCAACUUCCAAUCCGACUUUUCAAACGUCCGUUACUUGGCUGGAUGCAUGGCUCCUUCAUAUUAAUCAAUGGUGCUGUAGAGAAUAAGGUCACCUGGGAUACUGGGUGUCUUGCCGAAGACUUUUGGUUUGCUUUUCACGCGGCACGCCGAGGAUUCAAGUUCGGCUGGGUUCACGCAAUCGCACGAGAACAGCCUCCCGUCAGUGUUUAUGACUUGAUUCAGCAACGUAGGAGAUGGUACACCGGGAUCAUGUCUAUGGAUAGCUGGAUGGUUAAAUUGGUUCUUGCAAUCUCCAUGAUGGGACCUUUAGCUUAUGGUAGUCUGAACGUGUACACAUUCAUUAGCGGGUGGGAGAUAUCAGUUUCGCAUUGGUUCUUUGUGUGGAAUUUGUGCAACAUCGCCGUAGACGCACAUGGUCUUAUUGUGGGGAGUAUGCUCCAGGAUUUACACCUUGGUGACACCUCUCUGGGCGCCUCGGUUUUGCAUGUCAUUUUGACAUUGUUUUGGGCACCAUUUGUGCAGUUCGCGCAUUCGGUCAUCUUCAUAUCAGCAAUGAUUUGGCCUGCAAGCAAAUUUGUGGUGAUCAAAAAGGUAUAG